AAGCGUUUAAAUGUGUAUAAAAUUGGUUGCUUGUCUAUCAGAUAUGGUCUUUCAAACCCAUUGAGUUUCAUUGCUGUGACUGAUUAUUAUGGCGGCCUCCGGUAGUGUACAGGUUCCUCGUGUUCUUCAUUUUCAGCUCAUUGAUGGGAUGCAACUUCAGAUUAAUGUCUCUGGAUGUUCAAAUAAGCGCAAUGCAAGAGUUGAAUUUCAGCUUAAAAACUGCACAAGAACUUGGAUUCUUCACUGGGGUUUUCUUUACCUUGGGAACCGGAACUGGUAUAUCCCCAGUGGUGAAGACUCAUCAGGGGCAAAAACUUACAAGCAAGGUGCACUGCAGACACCAUUUGUGAAGAAUGGAGACAUGUAUGUAGUAACUAUUGAGUUGAGAGACCCCAAGAUACAUGCUAUUGAAUUUUUGUUGAAGGAUGGAAGUCAAGACCGAUGGUUGAAACUAAAUCACGGGAAUUUCAGAGUUGAGGUUCCGGAAUAUGAUGCAAGUAAUCCGCUUCCAUCUAUACCGAAAGAGCUAAUAGAUCGGAAGGCAUAUCUAAUCUGGGAAAGUAGAGGUAGACCCCAAAGCUCGCCAGAACAGCAAAAGCAAGAUUAUGCGGAUGCUUUAACAGAGCUGCAAAAUCAGCUGCGCAAAGGAAUAUCCCUGAACGAGUUACAGAGCAGCUACAUGAAUGCAAGAACAAAAAUAAAAGCCCAGGAUGAUGUACAGCCAUCUAGGCCUGUAACACCAUCAUCUUACCUUAGAAGACAUGAUGUUGAAAAGUGGUUGCAAAGGCAGUCUAAGGGGCCAAACGAGACGAAGGCUGGUCAGUCUUCUUUGGCUUUGAUGGAUCUUGUGGAGAAAUCAGCUGGAGGAAAUAACGCGGUCUCAAAGCAAAAUUAUAUUGUUGGCAUCUACGAAAUAGUGGUCCUCUCUAAAGUUUUAAGUGGUGAUUAUCACAUAUUUGUUGCUUUGAACGUCAGAGGCACUGCAAUUCUUCACUGGGGAGUGUCAAAGUCAUCAGCUGGUGAAUGGCUGGCUCCUCCAUCAGAUAUGUUGCCUGAAAAGUCAAAAAUGGUUGUCGGAGCAUGUCAGACUUAUUUUACAGAAAAAACAGUAGGGGGAAGACCCUUCCAGUUGGUAGAUGUUAAUUUGCAGAAGAGGAAUUUUGUCGGUAUUCAAUUUGUAAUAUGGUGCGGCGGGUCUUGGAUUAAAAACAAUGGGGGUAACUUCUUUGUAGCCCUACAACGUGUGCUGCCAAUUCGAAAGGUUAACGGAUACAGUAAUGGAAUUGUCAAAUGGUUGCUUGAUGAAAUAUCCCAAAGAGAAAAGGAGGCUGAGAGAUCCUUAAUGCAUAGGUUCAAUAUUGCAACGGAGUUGACAGAACGCUGUAAAGCUGAAGGAGAAUUAGGGCUUGUUGGUAUAUUAGUCUGGAUGAGGCUUAUGAGAUGCAGACAUCUUACAUGGAACAAGAACUACAAUGUGAAACCUCGCGAAAUUAGUGAAGCUCAGGACAGAUUCACCAAUUUACUGCAAAGAAUAUAUUUGAACCAGCCAAAUGACAGAGAAAUUGUGAGGCUAAUAGUGUCAUUUGUUGGCCGUGGAGGUCAAGGUGAUGUUGGGCAGAGAAUUCGUGAUGAAAUACUAAUGGUUCAGAGAAAUAAUGAUUGCAAAGGGGGCAUGAUGGAGGAAUGGCACCAAAAAUUGCACAAUAAUAGUAGCCCAGAUGAUGUGGUUAUUUGUGAGGCACUAUUAAACUAUUUGAGAGCUGGUUUUAAACUUGAUGUUUAUUGGAAAACAUUGCAUGCCCAUGGUCUCACAAAGGAAAAACUUGCAAGUUAUGACCGUCCGAUUGUGUCAGAGCCUUGUUUCAGGAUGGAAGCUAAAGAAGGUCUUAUUCGUGACCUCACUAUGUACUUGAAGACAUUGAAGGCUGUUCAUUCAGGUGUAGAACUUGAAUCUGCAAUUGAUAGUUGUUUGGCUCCCUCGUUAAACAAUCAAGGUUUUGCAACAGCAGAUAGAGUUAAUGUGUAUGGUGCCUUAUCACUAAAGCUGCAGGACUGCCUAAACUUUGUCAAAACUCAUAUUGGUGAUGAAUGCAUUGGCCCUUUAAUGGAGAAAUUACUGGAAUCUCGCAUUGAGAUCCGCCCUCUUCUGCUAACACCUCAUAGAUUGGCUAAAGAGCUGCUAUUCCUUGAUCUCGCUUUGGCUUCAGCUGUUAGAACAACCAUGGAAAGGGGACUUAAAGAUCUUAACUUUGCAAACCCGCCGGAAAUCAUGUUCUUCAUUUCCUUGGUGCUUGAAAGUUUGUGCCUGUCCACAGUCAAGAAUGAAGAUCUCAUUUACUGUACUAAGGACUGGUAUCGUGCCUCUAAAUCACACAAAUCCGGUGAUGCCCAGUGGGCAUUACAAACAAAGGCUAUUCUUGACCGACUGCAAAUAAUACUUUCUGACAGGGCUGUUGAUCUCCAGAUUAAGAUCCAGCCUAGUGCUGAAUAUCUUGGGAAAUUGCUUGGCAUUGGGAAAACAACGAUUGAUACUUUUUCCGAAGAAUUAAUAAGAGCAGGAUCUGCAGCUGUUCUUUCUAUGCUCAUUACUCGUUUUGACCCCGUUCUUAGAAAAGUUGCAAAUUUAGGAUGUUGGCAGGUUAUCAGUCCAGUUGAAGUUAGUGGAUUUGUAUAUUCAGUGAACGAGCUUAUUACUGUUCAGAACAAAGUUUACCGAAAGCCAACAAUUAUUAUUGCGAGUAGAGUAACAGGAGAGGAGGAGAUUCCAGACGGAGUUGUUGCAGUUUUGACAUCUGAUACGCCAGAUGUCCUGUCUCAUGUCUCUAUUAGAGCAAGAAAUAGCAAGAUAUGCUUCGCCACAUGCUUUGAUCAAAAUACUUUCAGGAAUCUCAAGUCAAAGGAAGGACGUGCGGUAUCUAUACAACUGAAGUCCUCAAAUUUGAUAGUCAGUGACAUCGGUGGUUCUAUCUUACCUCUAAGUUCCCUUGUUCCCUCAAUUUCUCGACGAGUGACCCUUAAAAGAAAGAUCUUCCGUGGGAGAUAUGCUCUUUCACUCGAAGAAUUCACCACUGAAACAGUUGGCGCCAAAUCUUGUAAUAUAAAAUUUUUAAGAGGAAGGGUGCCAUCAUGGAUCAGGAUCCCAAUGUCAGUUGCAAUACCAUUUGGGGCAUUUGAGACUGUGCUAUCGCUAGAUGUUAAUAAGGAUAUAUCGACCAAGAUUAUGUUUCUUCGCAAAUUAGUAAAUGGUGGCGAUGUCUCCAAACUUCAAGAAAUAAAAGGAGCUAUUCUACAAAUGAGUGUUCCUGUGUCUUUGACCACAGAACUUACGAGCAAAAUGAAAAGUGCUAGAAUGCCAUGGCCUGAUAAAGGGGGUGAUGACCAAUGGAACCGAGCUUGGCAAGCAAUAAAGAAGGUUUGGGCUUCCAAGUGGAAUGAAAGAGCAUAUAUUAGUUGUAAGAAAGCUAAACUUAAUCAUGAGGAUCUUCGCAUGGCAGUAUUGAUUCAAGAAGUCAUUUGUGGCGAUUAUGCUUUUGUUAUUCAUACAAAAAACCCAUUAUCAGGGGACACCUCUGAAAUAUAUGCAGAGAUUGUGAAAGGCUUGGGAGAGACAUUGGUGGGUGCAUAUCCCGGACGCGCUAUGAGCUUCAUUGCAAAAAAGAACAACCUAAAAUCUCCUAUUGUUACUUGUUAUGCAAGCAAGAAAAUAGGGCUCUACUGUAAGCCAACUAUCAUCUUUCGUUCCGACUCAAAUGGUGAAGAUCUCGGGGGAUACGCAGGAGCUGGGCUUUAUGACAGUGUACUUAUGGAUGAAGAAGAAAGCAUGGUUUUGGAUUAUUCCAAUGAUCCAAUGAUGGUUAACAAAGCAUUCCAGACCUCAAUCUUGUCAAAAGUUGCAGAGGCAGGGAAAAUUAUAGAAACCCUGUAUGGAUGUCCACAGGAUAUUGAAGGAGUAGUGAAAGAUGGGAUGAUAUAUGUUGUUCAGGCAAGACCACAAGUCUGAUAUGUUCCUUGGCAUUUGAACAAAUAUAUAUAUGUAAAUUCCUUCAGCUUCUGUUAUAGACAUUGAACUUUAGAAUAUCCAAUUUUAAUGUCGUGAAAUGUAAUUAAAUUGUGAAAAAUUGAACGUCAAUAAUGACAAUGUAUCUCAAAGAAAAAUAAAGAAUAGACAGAUUUUUACGUGAAAA